AUGCGAACUAGGUUCAUCAAACCCGCCGACGAGGGGAGCAUCGAGGCGAUUUUGCAAAAAAUCAAAGACGAGCGGGAAGCGGCUCGAAGGAAGAAGGAAGAAGAAAAGGAGCUCCGAGAAAAAAAAAAAACAUUCGUAAAAGCGGAUAAGUUGUUCCACAAAAAGACCUUCUUUGAUGAGACCUUAGAAUUAGACAAAGUAAAUUCCAAAGCGGAUAUGAGUAUGGAUCAUGGGAGUUCCGAGUUAGCAAAAGGAAGCACAAAAAAUGUGGACAAUGAAAAGCUAAAUGAAGCCCUCUCGUUUUUGAAGCUCAACUUGGCCUUUUACUUCGCCGAUGUGGACAUUAAGAAGAAGGGAAAACUGAAGCAGGAGCACUACGUGGAGAUUCUAAAAAUGGUGAACCACAAGAUGUGCGUGAGCCACCGGCGGCUGAAGAGCCACGCGGGGGGGGAGGACAAACCGGAGCCAAAUGAAUUCCCCCCGGAGAGCUACCCCUUUUAUGAGUCGAAUGAAGAGGGGAGCACCAGCACGGACGACAGUUCCAAGGGGGAAUUUUCGGACACGCCAAAUAUCCCCAAGGGAAGCAAAAAAGGGACAGCCAAAAAGGCCACAAAUAGAGAUGAUAAAAAAAAACUGCUGAACCUAUUCAACGUUAACAAUAAAGAAGUAGACCUCAUCAAAGAUAUUAGCAUUUACAAAAAUAAUAUGUUUAAUGGAAGUAACAUUUUUUAUGAGUCUAAAAGUGUCCCAAGAAAUUGUGAGUUUUUCCUUUUCGACCAAGACAAUGAAUUUUACCCCUAUAUUUUUACCGAUAAUUACUACGACUUUUUACUGUACAUUUCUUUUGCGGAUGAAGAGGACAACGGAUGUGUCUGCUAUAAUAACUACUUGCAUGUCAUCCCCACAUACCUAUAUGAGUUGAAAAGGAAUCGGGAGCACUUUGAGGCCAUCCCUUUGGACAGCUUGCUCCUCUACAAGCAGCUAAUUUUUGCAUGCUACGAGAACGAACUGAAUUUCAUGUACGAAACGUUUCUGCAGGAAUUUAGAAAAUAUGAUCCUUCAGACAGUGGGUUUAUUCACCGCUCCCAGAUGAAAAGGGUGCUUCUUCAAAACGAGCACAUCAUGUCGAGGCAGGAGUACAAGCUGCUGCUCCGCGUUUUCUCCUACAACGAUGAUAACUAUGUGUACUACAGGGAUGUGCGCGAGGUGGUGCUGCGCCUCAGAUUCGAAGGCAUCCGAAACAGCAUCUUCGAGCGGAACGCGAAAAUGCUGCAGAAGUACCUGUGCCAGGAAUUAGUCAAGCACAACCUCAAGGGCAAAAAGAAGAUACACAUAUUCGACUGCAAAAAUGUCCUGGACUCUUGCAGCAGAAUUUACCUGAAUAAAAACAUCAUCCACAUCAUUCUGUCCUCCCUCAACUUUGACCGGAACCUAGAAUUAGAUGUGGCUGCCUUUUUGAGGGUCUCCAUCACCAUCAUCAUUAACAGCAUAAAAUUGGACACCGUACAGAAGAUAUACAAUUCGAUAAACGAUGAGAAGCAGAAGAAGGAGGACUUUAAGGAGGACUCCGCGGGGGGGUACAAGGGAAAGGGGCCCUCCAAAAAAUCGGAAAAGACCAACAUCCCCGCGCUGGAGCUGGUGGAGAGGACCCUAACCAAGCUGUUCAAAGUGCUGGACGAAAAGAACGAAGACCACCUAAAAAUAAUUGACUUCAUCGAAACGCUGCUGGAGUCCAACCAGAAAAAGAAAAUCAUCGACAUUAAGGAAAUAUGCAAGCUGAGCAAAAACGAGCUGCAAGGGUUCGUGGCAGAGAUAGACACGGACACCAAGGGGGGCAGCUACCCAAAGGAUCAAAUGAAAGACAACAGAAACUUUGACUUUUACAAAAAUAAAAAAAUCCAUUAUUCAUCGCAUAUCCACAAGUGGUGCUCCAAAACGUAUCAAAUAAGGUAA